AUGGAGUUUCUCAAAGACGAGAAAGAAGCCGCGAUCGAUGCAGAAACACACGGAGAGAAAGACACUGACGAGCAGAGAGACCUGAUGGAAGUGGAAGAGGAAACUGAAGAACAGAGUGAACUUGAAGAUGAAAGUGAAGAACUGAGUGAUGAUAAGAACAAAAGAACUCAGAGAACUGGAGCUAGAAAGUCGUGCACCUGCCAUCAGUGUGGAAAGAGUUUCACAUGUAAGGGAAGCCUGAAGGAUCACAUGAGAAUUCACACUGGAGAGAGACCUUUCACAUGCAAGUACUGUGGAAAGGGCUUUAAACAAAGAGCAAGCCUUACAGAACACAUAAGAAUCCACACUGGAGAGAAGCCGUUCAAGUGCACUAAGUGUGAGAAAUGUUUUCGACAAAAAGGAGGCCUUUCAGGGCACAUGAGAAUUCACAAUCAAGAGAAGCCUUUUACAUGCCAGCAGUGCGGGAAAACUUUUGCAGUCAGCGGAAACUUACAGCUUCACUUAAAAACUCACUCUAAUAUGAAGGCAUUCAUCUGUCCUCAGUGUGGAAAAGGUUUUAAAUCGGCAGGAGGCCUGAAAAGGCAUGAGAUCGUUCACAGUCAAGUGAAGCCGUAUCACUGCGCUCCAUGCGGGAGAAGUUUCAGCGAAAUGACUGAACUUAGAAGACAUUUAAAGUCCUUCAUACAUAAUAAAUACCUGCCGCUAGAGAGAUUCAUGCCCCAGAGUGGCUCCUCACCUCAUGGUUUGCCCUCAUAAGUGAAUAUGCCAUUCACUAAAACAAACUUCCUGCAGUAAAGAUCCAGCUCUUUUGACAAAGUCUGUAGAAGGGGGAUGAAUGUAUUAAACACAUAAUUAAAACAUGUCUAUUGCAGUAAAUAGAUGGUUUAAAAUUCAGGCGUAACAACAUUUUUAAAUGAAUAAAAUUACUUGUGUAUGUUACCAUUCAA